UAAAGCUGGGUCCGGGGGUGGUGUUGGGGGGUCCGGACGGGUGGCUGUGCCCAUGGACGGCAGCUCGCUGCUAGAGCAGUACCUGGAGCGCUGCGACGGGCAGGAUGACAUCUCAACUAGUCCUCAGCUGUUUACUCCCAUGAGCCCUUAUGAUGUAGACUUUCCAAUUCAAACAACUGAAGAUGUGUUGUUCGGAUCUCAAUUUAAUCAGCCCAAAGAGCUUCCUACAGACUUCUCCUCUGUGGAUCUCAGCUUUCUUCCAGAUAUUACCCAAGAAAACAAAGCACAAAAUCUAUUUGAAGAUGGUCAUGAAAUGCAAAAAGAGCUUGAUGGGUCAACAUCAAAUGAGGACAGCAGUAUCCUCACAGAUGAAAGCAUCUUGGCCUAUCCAGAUGCAACUCAAGCAACUCCUGAAGCAUCUGGUGGGUGUCCUCCUCUGACACCCAUAGCUCCGAUGACCCCAGUGACACCUGCAUCAGAAAGCUCUGGCAUAGUUCCCCAGUUACAGAAUAUAGUGUCAACUGUAAACUUGGCUUGUAAACUAGAUCUGAAGAACAUAGCUCUGCGUGCCAGAAAUGCAGAGUAUAACCCAAAGAGGUUUGCCGCUGUGAUCAUGAGAAUCAGGGAACCACGAACAACAGCCCUCAUCUUCAGCUCAGGAAAAAUGGUCUGCACAGGAGCAAAAAGUGAAGAGCAAUCACGGCUUGCAGCCAGGAAGUAUGCGCGUGUGGUGCAGAAGCUUGGGUUCCCUGCCAAGUUCCUGGACUUCAAGAUACAGAAUAUGGUUGGGAGUUGUGACGUGAUGUUCCCCAUCCGGCUGGAAGGCUUGGUUCUCACUCACCAGCAGUUCAGCAGCUAUGAACCUGAACUAUUUCCUGGCCUUAUUUAUAGGAUGGUCAAACCAAGGAUAGUGUUGCUUAUCUUUGUGUCUGGAAAAGUUGUAUUGACGGGAGCAAAAGAACGUUCUGAAAUCUAUGAGGCAUUUGAGAGCAUCUAUCCCAUUUUAAAAGGUUUCAAGAAAGCAUCAUAACAUGGCUCAUAAAGCAACUAAGAAUAAUACAUGAGUUUGUACUACUGUGUGUGGAACAGAGCGAGGGUGUGGAUUAUAAACAAAUGAUGCUAUUUUGCAUGCUAUAAGUGCUGGUGCCUUUCUAUAGUCUGUGAAAUGUUUGUUUUGCUUUCAGAUUAGCUGUUUGUAAUUCACUUGUUCUGACCACUUCUUUCAAGCUGAAAAACUUGCAAAAUUAAUGUACUUUUAAUAGAAUGUAUAUUAAGGUGACAUUUAAAAGUGUUUUGUAAUAGAAAACCCAUGUCUUCUCCCCUG